GCUCUGAGGAUGGAUGCGUUGCGGCAGCAUGCAGAAGGACCGUGCGCUCAGGGCGCAGCGCCCAUCAUUUGGCUCGUGUGACUACCGUGGUGAUGCAAAGUUUGGAUGGCAUCUGCCCGACCCAGAGGCUAAGUGCACUUACACACACUCCGGCCGUCCAGGCUCCUAGCAGAGUGCCUGUCGAAUGUCCGCCAUGACUCAAGCAGGCUCAGGCCGCCGAAAGUCCUCCCGUCACUCUCCACACCGCGAACAGCCUCGCGAUGUCUGGGAACGCGCUUCUCCAACAUGCAGCGACAGGCGCGCCGGGCCUUGCUUGUCAAGAUCUACGAGCCGGCCUCACGGCUGCGGAAAGGAUCUCCCGAGUACAACAGGCUUGCGUGUUCGGGACGGGUAUGGGAAGAAUACUUCCAGCCCGGUAACAGUCGUGAAAAGGGGUACCUCGGGCUCCAGCGGAUGCAUAGGCGGUUGUUGGCCGACAUCGACGCCUUGAGAGUAACUCUCCCAGUGUCGGCGCUGGGCAAGACCAUGGUCUCCGAGUAUGCGCAACAGUCCGUCAUGAUCGAGAACAACCCUCUGACGGUUGGCGACGCGCACCGCGUGCUCGAGACUCUGCAGGAGGGUGUCUUCCGACGCGUCGACCUGGCAUCGAUGUCGAGCAGCGAGCUUGUCGAGAUGGUCACCUCCGAGACGGCGGGCCAGGGCUCCGCCAUCAACGAACUGACGAACCACAUCAUCGCGUCGCAAUGGAUUGCCGAGAGCGCGACGUUCAAGGCCCGCACCGCGCGCACCGCGGGGUUCUGCGAAGACGAGGUACGCGACCUCGCCGUCGUGUCCGUCAGAAACACGGAUUCUGAGGCGGUAUACGACAUGCGGAGAGGCCAAGACCACCGUGCCGGCAGCAGCAACCUGGUGUGGGGAGAACCAGUGCCGCCCGGAGAGUACCGAAACCUACCCGUCGCAGUGCGCAGCAACCGCCUCCGAAUCUUUCCCUACCCGCAGGAGGUCCCCGCCUGCGUCAGAUGGUUCUUCGAGUGGCGGGACGCGCAGCAUUGCGAGAAGAGGCUUCAUCCGCUGGUCCUGGCCUGUCAGAUGACGGCUUACUUUGUGCACCUUCAUCCGUUCCCCGACGGGAAUGGGCGCACGAGCCGCAUGAUGGAGCAGGAUUACCUCGCCCGCCAAGGCUGCCUACCUGUCGUCAUCCAGGGGCUGGAGCGGAAGGACUGCCUACGGAUGAUCGAUAACGCCUACGGAGGCGAUCCGGGCGAAUUUGUGACGGCGGUCCUUGAGGCUCAACUGGCGGCGUUGCACAGGCUGUACACUCACUGCCUGUUAACAGACGCCAUGUAGCACGAGACCAGGGUUUGAGAUUUGGGUGGGUGGCGGCUGGGCUGGACGGAUGGCUGCCCGGUUGGGACUCGGAG